GAGUGAGCUUUGACUUUUGGCUUUUAUUAAUGGAUCGACGCAUUUCCUCUGGUUUCUGGAAACCAUUCAUAAACACCUUGUGCUCCCCUCCUGUGGCCAUCUUUUUCCCUCCCUCUCUUCCUUCUCAUCUUCAUUGCAUCCAAUACCUCUUAUCCUUUUAUCAUCAUUCUCUCUUGCCUCUAGACAGGUUCUGCUGGCUCCAAUUGCAUACAUUUCAUACAUAAACACUUUACCUAAGAAAACAUAUCACCCGUCAACAUGGCUGUCAAGAAGGUCUUCGCCCGCUCCGUCUACGACUCCCGUGGAAACCCUACUGUCGAGGUUGACGUCGUCACCGAGACUGGCCUCCACCGUGCCAUCGUUCCCUCCGGUGCCUCUACCGGUUCGUCCCGGCCCCCUUCGGUUACUGUCCGUAUGCACUCGCUAAGUUCAUGAUAAUCCAGGUCAGCACGAGGCUUGCGAGCUCCGAGAUGGUGACAAGUCCAAGUGGGGUGGCAAGGGUGUCACCAAGGCCGUCGAGAACGUGAACACCGUCAUUGCUCCCGCUCUUAUCCAGAAGAACCUCGAUGUCAAGGACCAGUCCGCUGUCGAUGCUUUCCUUAACGAGCUCGAUGGUACUCCCAACAAGACCAAGCUUGGUGCCAAUGCUAUUCUCGGUGUAUCUCUGGCCGUCGCCAAGGCUGGUGCUGCUGAGAAGGUGAGCUUGAAACAAAUGGGUUUUAUACUAUGAAUUUUUCAGUUAACCACUUACUGCAGGGCGUUCCUCUGUACGCUCACGUCUCUGACCUCGCCGGAACCAAGAAGCCUUACGUCCUCCCCGUUCCCUUCAUGAACGUCCUCAACGGUGGCUCCCACGCUGGCGGUCGUCUCGCCUUCCAAGAGUUCAUGAUCGUUCCUACUGAGGCGCCCACUUUCACCGAGGCCAUGCGCCAGGGUGCUGAGGUCUACCAGGCCCUGAAGGGUUUGGCUAAGAAGCGAUAUGGCCAAUCCGCUGGCAACGUCGGUGAUGAGGGUGGUGUUGCUCCCGAUAUUCAAACUGCCGAGGAGGCCCUUGAGCUUAUCACCGAUGCUAUUGAGCAGGUUGGCUACACCGGCAAGAUCAAGAUCGCCAUGGAUGUCGCCUCCAGCGAGUUCUACAAGGUCGAGGAGAAGAAGUACGAUCUUGACUUCAAGAACCCCGAGUCAGACCCCACCAAGUGGAUUACAUACGAGGAGCUUGCCAACCUGUACUCAGAGCUGUGCAAGAAGUAUCCUAUCGUGUCCAUCGAGGACCCCUUCGCUGAGGACGACUGGGAGGCCUGGAGCUACUUCUCCAAGACCCAGGACAUCCAAAUUGUUGGUGAUGACUUGACUGUCACCAACCCUCUGCGUAUCAAGAAGGCCAUCGAGCUCAAGUCCUGCAACGCCCUUCUUCUCAAGGUCAACCAGAUUGGUACUCUGACCGAGUCCAUCCAGGCUGCCAAGGACUCUUACGCUGAUGGCUGGGGUGUCAUGGUCUCUCACCGAUCCGGCGAGACUGAGGAUGUCACCAUUGCUGACAUUGCUGUCGGUCUCCGUGCUGGCGAGAUCAAGACCGGUGCCCCUGCCCGAUCUGAGCGUCUCGCCAAGCUCAACCAGAUUCUCCGAAUCGAGGAGGAGCUUGGUGACCAGGCUAUUUACCCUGGUGCUAACUUCCGCAAGUCUGUUAACCUGUAAAUGGGAAUAGACUGAUGCGUGGAACAAAAGCCUUGUGAUGAUAAUGAUGCCUUUGGGUCCUCAGCCGGGAGCGCGUGAGACCAUAUACCAGAACGGCAAAUUGGAAGUAAUAGAGGCAAAAAUAGUAAAAGCAAACUGAUCAAUUAAUGAACCUUUGGUUGAAGUUCAACAAACUCAUUUCCCCUCAUG